AAUUACAAUGAAUGCUGCUAUUCUCUAAAAAUGAAUGUAUCAAAGAGGAAAUAACCUCCUUGGCAUGCUUGCAGCUAUACAACGUAUUUGUUUCACUGCUUUCAACUGCCUGUGCUGGAGGCUCCGAAUAAGUCAAUGGGAGGAGGAUUUCAGUCACAGCAGCAAGCAAGUCUAGUGAACAGAUAAGAUGACAUGCUCGGCAAAAUAACAACGAAACCAGAGGGGGAACUCUCUGGCAUGCAAGUUCAAACACGACUCUACAACUACGGCAGAAAAAGACAGAGAGAAACUAAAAAAUAUAUAUAUAUCCUAUUUUUUUUCCCACAGCUAUCAGUUUCUUUCACUGGGCUUUCCUAAAUUUAAGCCUCUAGAAAAUAAUAAAUACUUGGAGAUCUUACCUACAAACAUGGACAGAUGUGUGUAUGCGCUCAUUUUAGAGAACUUGAAUUUUUUUUUUUUAAAGGAAGGUGUCAACUUUGGCUUUUGAGUGUUUGGCAUGGGUACAAUGCCUUAAAAAAACAGAUGAGCAGCUUAGCUACUAACCAUGCUGACCACCAUUUGGAACGGGAUUGAAUCACAGAAAAACAGCAAAUGGCUCUCUCUUACAGAGUGUCUGAACUUCAAAGCACAAUUCCUGAGCACAUUUUGCAGAGCACCUUUGUUCACGUUAUCUCUUCUAACUGGUCUGGAUUACAGACAGAAUCAAUACCAGAGGAAAUGAAACAGAUUGUUGAGGAACAGGGAAAUAAACUGCACUGGGCAGCUCUUCUGAUACUCAUGGUGAUAAUACCCACAAUUGGUGGAAAUACUCUUGUUAUUCUGGCUGUUUCGCUGGAGAAAAAGCUGCAGUAUGCUACUAAUUACUUUCUAAUGUCCUUGGCGGUGGCUGAUCUGCUGGUUGGAUUGUUUGUGAUGCCAAUUGCCCUCUUGACAAUAAUGUUUGAGGCUACGUGGCCCCUCCCACUUGUUCUAUGUCCUGCCUGGUUAUUUCUUGACGUUCUCUUUUCAACCGCAUCCAUCAUGCAUCUCUGUGCCAUUUCAGUGGAUCGUUAUAUAGCCAUCAAAAAGCCAAUCCAGGCCAAUCAAUAUAACUCACGGGCUACAGCAUUCAUCAAGAUUACAGUGGUGUGGUUAAUUUCAAUAGGCAUUGCCAUUCCAGUCCCUAUUAAAGGGAUAGAGACUGAUGUGGACAACCCAAACAAUAUCACUUGUGUGCUGACAAAGGAACGUUUUGGCAAUUUCAUGCUCUUUGGCUCACUGGCUGCCUUCUUCACACCUCUUGCAAUCAUGAUUGUCACCUACUUUCUCACUAUCCACGCUUUACAGAAGAAGGCUUACUUGGUCAAAAACAAGCCACCUCAACGCCUAACAUGGUUGACUGUGUCUACAGUUUUCCAAACGGAUGAAACACCUUGCUCGUCACCGGAAAAGGUGGCAAUGCUGGAUGGUUCUCGAAAGGACAAGGCUCUGCCCAACUCAGGUGAUGAAACAGUUACGCGAAGAACAUCCACAAUUGGAAAAAAGUCAGUGCAGACCAUUUCCAAUGAACAGAGAGCCUCAAAGGUUCUAGGGAUUGUGUUUUUCCUCUUUUUGCUUAUGUGGUGUCCCUUCUUUAUUACAAAUAUAACUUUAGUUUUAUGUGAUUCCUGUAACCAAACUACUCUCCAAAUGCUCCUGGAGAUAUUUGUGUGGAUAGGCUAUGUUUCCUCAGGAGUGAAUCCUUUGGUCUACACCCUCUUCAAUAAGACAUUUCGGGAUGCGUUUGGCCGAUAUAUCACCUGCAAUUACCGGGCCACAAAGUCAGUAAAAACUCUUAGCAAACGCUCCAGUAAGAUCUACUUCCGGAAUCCAAUGGCAGAGAACUCUAAGUUUUUCAAGAAACAUGGUAUUCGAAAUGGGAUUAAUCCUGCCAUGUACCAGAGUCCAAUGAGGCUCCGAAGUUCAACCAUUCAGUCUUCAUCAAUCAUUCUACUAGAUACACUUCUCCUCACUGAAAAUGAAGGUGACAAAACUGAAGAGCAAGUUAGUUAUGUAUAGCAGAACUGGCAGUUGUCAUCAAACAUAAUCAUGAGUAAGAUGAUGAGUGAGAUGUAAAUGUGCCAAGAAUAUAUUAUAUAAAGAAUUUUAUGUCAUAUAUCAAAUCAUCUCUUUAACCUAAAAGUUAAGUAUUAAGAAUAUCUAAUUUUCCUAAUUUGGACAAGAUCAUUCCAGGAAGAAAAUAAUUUUGUAUAGCUACAAAUGAAAACAAUCCAGCACUCUGGUUAAAUAUUAAGGUAUUCAAAUGAAAUAAAGUCAAAUCAAUAAAUUUCAGGCUCUUAAAAAGAACCACUGUCAUCAUAAAAUUUAUUCGGUUCCUAAUUAUAUGCAAAGUUGUGCUAAGAAUGAAAUAAAACAAAACAAACAUUAGCCUUGCCUUCCAGGGCUUAAAAGCGUAAGGCAUGAUACAGAACAAAAGGAACACAGAGCUAAAAAUAAGUGCACAAAACAGUGAUCACAUCUGGAGGUGGGUUAAGAUUGCCAUUUAUAGUCUGAUUUAGUUGAAUGUAGUCAUAAUUUUCCUAUAAUCAGGAAACUGUUUUGAUGGAAGGGAUAGGAAGGAUAGUAGCUGGAUAUCACACAAAAUAACAGGAACUUGGAACUAGACCUGUUUGUUAAAUGACUGAUAUUGGGCAUCUACUCAGCACUAGGUGGGUCUAUUGGAGAAGGAGGAAAAAGCAAAUAAAAUCGCUCUUGGGUACUUGAACCAUAUUAGGUUUCUUAGAGAUAUUAAUUAACAUGCACAAGCAUGGGACCUUAAUCAGGGAUACAAACUUUAAGUCAGAUCAUGCUUGCCUAUCUAUGCUUGUCCAGUGACUCAAGUGAACUUCCAGCACAAAAUUUUUUAUUCAUCCUUUCAGUAUAUUAUUUUGCACUGUUAGAUCUCAGAGUGAGUCCAACCUGUGCCACUUACUAGACAGCUGAUUAAAUUUAGGAAAAAUACUUAAUUUCUUCAAGCCCCAGUAUUCUCAUCUACAUUUUAUACAAUUCUUAUGAGGAUGAGUACAUAGAAGGCACUCAGUAAAUGGCAGACAAUUCAAUCUACUUUUGAUAUAUAUUUUAAUGCUCCUGUUAUAAGUGCAAAUUUAGGCUAAGGCGGUCUGCAGUGAAGACAACUCAUACCUUAGCUUUUCCUUUUCAGGUUUACCCAUAUUUGUCCCUCAACCUAUGACUCUAUUGCUGUCCUUCUGCAGGCAACUCAGUUUAGGAUAAUUACCUCAAGAAAUGUAUUGGCUACGGAGAAUCUCAGUGUGUAAGUGAACAAGGCAUGUAUUUUCACAGUGGCAGAAUCCUUUGCUAGAAUGCGGCUCUAAUACAUAAAUCCUGAUCUGUUACGAUUCCUUACUGGCUAUAUAUAAUCUGCUGGGAAGAGUAUAUCAUACACAUUUAAUUCCUAAAUCAUCAAAGCUUUAGGCAUGUUUUCCCUACUACUAGUCUAAGAUUUUUCAGCAGCAUUAGGGGUGGUUAUCUCACAUAAGAGGCAAAAUAAUUUACAUUCCUUAAAAAAAAAAAUCAUUCUCUAUUUUGGUUUUUGGUUCCGGUCUCUAAUAUGAUGGAUUUGGCAUAUGUUAAGAUUUAUAUUCUUGCCAAGGUAUGUUAAGAUUAAGUUUUCAGUUAUCACUAUGACGGUAUUCCAAAUUCUGUAUUUUAUGCAUCUGAAGGCAUACAUAAUUGUUUCAGGAAAUCUAUACACCAGAGUUGGCAGGCAAUCACAUUGCCAAAGCUCUACCCAUAGACAACAAUCUAGAUCAAAAGAACUAUCUUCUCACGUGCUUUGUACUGCCUCCAAAUUUGUGUGCUUAAAUAUACGCACACCUACAGAAUUAGCCACAACACCUAUAAACUGUUUCAUGUCAAAUCCUUAAGAAAAAUUUCCUUGCUUACAAUUUUUUUUUUUCUUUUUUUGAGACAGAUUCUCACUCUGUUAGCCAGGUUGGAGCGCAGUGGCGCAAUCUUGGCUCACUGCAACCUCCGCCUCCUGGCUUCAAGCGAUUCUCCUGCCUCAGCCUCCCGAGUAGCUGGCAUUACAGGUGCCCGCCCCCACACCUGGCUAAAUUUUUUAUUUUUAGUACAGACAGGGUUUCGCCAUGUUGGUCAGCCUGGUCUCCACUCCUGGCCCCAGGCUAUCUGCCUGCCUCGGCCUCCCAAAGUGCUGGGAUUACAGGUGUGAGUCACCAUAUCUAGCUCUUGCUUACAAUUAACCCAGAGAUCUUUCUAUAGUUAAUGAGACCCUUCUACUAUUUCCAGAAUAUUCUAGAAAGUGAAACAUAACUCCGCUAUUGACUAUUUCUGAGAAGUACAACAAAGCCACAAACUCUUACCACUUUGAUGCAGAACUGGUAUUUCCAUUUUAUGAAUGCUUUAAAGAGAUGUAUAAUUUGAAAGCAAAUCUCAGCAGUUAAACACCUUAUGUAACAAAAGAACUCCAGUUAAUAGUCUUAUCUUAGAAGAAAAGGAACAGAUUAUAACUAUUUAGAAUAAUUUUGAAAAAAAAAAAGCUUUUUAUUCCUUGUUACUGCCAAUUAAUGGAGAGAAGAAAACAAAGAUGUAGGAAAAAAUGAAAAUGACAAAAAGUAAGGAAAAGUCACAGCACCUAGACAGAAACACAGAAAUACUGGGGCAAAAACAGAGAAUAGUAUACAGAGAAUAUGUAUCAAAUUGAUAUAGAAUUGUGAAUGGAGAUGUUGUAACGAUGAUCAUGAAUUUAAUGGUAACUGGUUCACUAUGAGGGUUUCUUCAAAUUAUAAGGAUCAAUAAUGAUGUAACAUUUUUAUAUUCAAGGAAUCACCUUGUGUGGUCUAAAAAACAGCUGCACAAAGAAUCUGUUGUUCAUCUUGCAAGAUCCGUAUCUAAAAGCUUAUGAAUGUAUACACUGAGAAACAUUUAAUGCCAUAUUAUAACAGCUUAAAUCACAGCAACCUGCAAGGGACCACCAAGACUGUCUAAUUUUAAGAAAUGUCCAUACCAGAUUAUCAAUUUGUUCAUUAUAGCAACUUAAUUUCAACAGAUACACAAAGACUAAUUCUUUUGACUUUCUUCAAUUUCCUUUCCAGUGUCAAGUUAAAAUAAUUCAGAUUCUACUCACUUCCAAAUGAGUUUUCGGAAGUCAAUGCCAUGAACAGUACUGCAUAAGUUGUUAUAAUAAUAAAAUCUGCCUAUGAAAGUACUAACAAUUGGCCCAACAAUCACUUAUUUAUUAGAUGCUCCACUAGAGAACAUUUAUUUAGAUAAAAAAUUAAUGUACUACGUUCAUUUCAAUUAAGCAAGAACAGUUAUCAAAUUAAUUUUUUACUUUUAUUAUAAGCAUUAUGAACAAAUAACAAUCUACAAAUGUCAGAAGGAAGAAAUAAAAUACUGUAACACCCUGGACUAUCCUAUGAAUAAAAGAGAUAAUAUACAUAAGAAUUUUACACAAAGACAAUUUUAUCUUAGUUGUUGAAGUAUAAAUAUGUGUUUACUAACAUGUUUUUAGUAUUCAUAUCCAAUAAGUAUACUUAAAAAGAAGUUUUUAAAAAUUAUGAAGAAAUAAACUCUUAAAACACGGUUUAAGACCAAAUGUCCACAAAUUCAUUUUAAGGGAAAUCUAAAGAGGGGGAAAAAAGAUGGAGAGCAUGCUAAGACAGUAAAUGAUGUCACUUCAGAAAACAUGUACUAGUCUUAGGAGAUAGGACAGACACUUCUCAAACAUUAAACUUAAUGAGGAAAAUUGAGAAUAAAGCUGUUCUAUCAGAGCCACUAAAAAGAUGGUGCUCUGACUGAAAGGAUGGUGCAGAAAGCACUGGUCUAUCAUGAAGCCUGUUUAGAAUCUCAGUAUUUAGCUUUAUGACAGUGGGAAAUUUUGUUAAACAUUUUGGAACUCAAUUUCCUUAUUUUUAAAAAAAUGAGAAUACUAGUUUCUUCUACUUCAAAAAAUUCUCACUCUAGGGAAAUAGCAGUAAACUAAAACUUAGAGAACGUAGAGAGGAUUUUUAACUCCAGCUCCUUAAACAGGUCAAUUAUAUUUAAUUUUCAUUUAUAAAAUAAAUUUUAGACAAAAUUUUUCCAGUUCUCACUUCUUAAAGAUUCAUUUUAUGAAAAGAGAUCCAAGAAUGGUCCCUUAGAAGUAGCAAGCACAUAAAUAAGUUCUUUUGACUAUCCCAUGUAGUAAAACUCUCACCAAAACCUAAACAGCUCAUGGGAGACAUCUGCUGCUGAAACUGGGAACUUAACGUGUGUUAGCUACAGGAAAUAAAAGGGCAGACGUGAAUUUUGUUAACUAGAGAGCAAAGCACCACCAGGUUAAAAAUGGAAGAAAAACAGUUUUAUAUGACCAUCAACUUCCUAUGUGGCAGAAUAUAAACACCAAGCCACUGAUUUAUAUUGUUAUAAAAUAUAAAGUCACUGACAAUAGAAAAAAUUAACAACUGACAAGAAACUAAACAACCUAAGAGUCAAACAUGAGUAGGAUGCUUUACACAACCCAAGAGAUACUAAGGGUACACCUGGAAGAAUAUACUUUCCAUACUAAAAUUAUCUAGUUCUCUGAUAAGAAUCCACAAAAAGAACCCACUCUGGAUGGCCAUGACAGACCAUUUUCUCAUUUUUUAAUUCUGUCUAAACUCUAGAGCAAGAAUAGGGAAAGGUUAGGGUCACAGCUUGGCUACAUGUUGUGCCAAGAUAACAGGAAGGAAAUAGAAGUAAUUAAAUUUUAUUUUGCUUCCAUCUUUUCUCUCAGGGAGAAUAAUUUUUAGACAGAAAGACUGAUCAAACACAAAACAGAUAAAGAGUCUAGUUGCCUUAGAUGAGUUCCAGUCACAAAGCUCAAUGAAUCACCUUCUAGAAAUAGAACAAAUUUGUGUAUGUAAUUAUGAAGCCAAAUUUUGGAAGAAAACCAGAAAAUGGCAAAGUACAAAAAGAAUGUAAAUGAUGAAGUAUUCCAAUAUUUUAAAAGAGAAAAGAAGAGAUAGGGUUCAAGAAGUUCAAAGUGUGGAGUCUGUGGUAGAUCUUUUGACAAAAUGCAGAAUAGCUUAAUACGCAUAGGUUUUGCCAGAUCUCAGAAGAGGCCUCGAAGAACACUGGACACUUCUAUGAAAAGUGUAACUUAAGAAACAAUCAGGCCCAAUAAGUCACAUAACCUGUUUAGAGGCACCAGACUAGUUGACUUGGGUAAAUAUUAUGUCAUAAGGAUUUUGUGAAAAUUGUCUAGUGUCUUUAUGAAAAAAUUGGCAAAAUGAGAGUUAGAGGAUAACACAGUGAAGACUAGUAUUUGAUAUUCAAUCUAGUAUUUGAUAUUCAAGAAAACUGGUGUAAGAAGAAAUACCAUGCUAUAUGGGUCUGUGUUUUGUUCUGUUUUAUUCAACAAUUCCAUCCACGAUAGGAAAAAAAUAUUUUACAGUUUGUAGUAAAUGGAUGACUUCCUAUCUGGGAUAUUAUGCAGAAGACUCUGUACCUAGUUCAUAAUGGAUGUUCAAGAAAUUAUCUGUUGGAUUUGCAUACAAUUUUUAUAACAAAGAUUCACUCCCAGGGAAUCUGGGGUAGAAAAUCUCUUCUGAAGUUUAAAAGGACAUAAGAGGUAUGAUUUAUCUAACAUGCACUUUAGCAACUUACUGUGUAAUUUCAUAACAAAUAAGCUAUAACAGGCAGUAUCCAUAUAAUAGUGAGCCUUGAACAAUAUGGGAUUGAACUGUAUGGGCCCACUAACAGGCAAUUUUUUUUUCACUGAAAAUUACACUGAGUGUACCUACCUCUUCUGCCUCCCCUUCUACCUCCUCCACCUCUACCACCACUGAGACAGCAAGACCAACCUCUCCUCUUCCUCCUCUACCAACCCAAUGUGAAGACAACGGGGUAAAGACCUUUCUGGAUGAUCCACUUGCACUUAAUAGUGAAGACAAGUGUUUUCUCUUCCUUAUGAUUUUCUUAAUAACAUUUUCUUUUCUCUAGCUUACCUUACUGUAAGAAUAUAGUAUAUAAUACAUAUAACAUAAAAAUUAUGUUAAUUGACUAUGUUAUCCAUAAGGCUUCUGAUCAAUAGUAGGCUAUGAGUAGUUAAGUUUUGGGGGAGUCAAAAGUUAUACAUGAAUUUUCGACAGUGUAAGGGUUGUGGGGUCAGUGAUGCUAACUCCCAUAUUGUUCAAGGGUCAACUGUACUUUUAACUUUAUUCUUUAAGAUAAAGUACAGACAUACCUCAAAGGUAUUGUGGGUUUUGUUCUAGACUACUACAAUAAAGAGAGUAUAGCAGUAAAGUGAGUCACAUGAACUUUUUGGUUUCCCAGGGCAUAUAAAAGUUAUGUUUACACUAUACUAUAGCCUAUUAAGUGUGCAACAGCAUUAUGUCCAAAAAAAUGUAUAUACCUCAGUUAAAAAACAUAGCCAGACCCAACGGGUGGCUCAUGUCUGUAAUCCCAGCACUUUGGGAGGUGGAAACAGGAGGAUCUCCUAAGGCCAGAGUUUAAGAUGAGCCUGGGCAACACAGUGAGACACUGUCUUCACAAAACAAACAAACCAAAAUUAGCUAGAGAUGGUGGUGAGUGCCUGUAGUCUCUGCUACUCUACAGUUUUGCCUCAACACAAGCUCAAUAAGCUCAAGUUUGCCUCUGAGCAAUGAUCACACCAUGGCACUCCAGCCUGGGCAGCAGAGCAAGACCCUCUGUAUUUAAAAAACAAACAACCCAACAACCUUUAUAGCUAAAAAGUGCUACCGACCAUCUGAGCCCUCAGUGCAUAUUCAUCUUUAUGCUGGUAGAAUGUCUUCUGAUGUUGAUGGCUGCUGACUGGUUAGGGUGGUGGUUGCUGAAAGCUGGGGUGGCUGUGGCAAUUUCUUAAAACAAGACAAUGAAGUCUGCCACAUUUUCCUUUCACAAAAGAUUUCUCUGUAGCAUAAGAUGCUGUUUGAUGGUAUUCUACCCACAACAGAAUUUCUUUCAAAAGUGUAGUCAAUCCUCUCUAACUCUGCUGCUACUCUAUCAACUAACUUUACUAAAUAUUCCCAAUUCUUUGUUGUAAUUUCAACUAUGUUUCUUUUCAUUAAUUUUUUUCUACAGCCUAAUCUUGGAAGUGAUUGUAGGAGAUCGGUCAGGGUGGUGGGAAAAGUUAUAAAAACUAUAGGGAAAGAUGCAAACCUUUCUGGAAGGUGGGGAGGUUUUGCAAAAGCUUCAAAAGAGGAUUUAACCGAAGGCAGUUAAAUUCUCUUAAGAGCAAGGGUUAGUUAACAAGGGAAUGUAAAGAAACUUAUCUAGAUAAAUUUGUUUAUUCCUGUCUCCAGAAACUAACCUUUGAUCAUUCAUGUGCAGGACUGCUCUCUACUUGGUGGGUCAACAAUGUUAAUUACCCACAAAUUGUGUUUGCUCCAAGCCUUUCUCAUUAAAUCUGUGCUAAACAAAUGCAAGUGUCUCUGGUUUAUCGGGGUGGCUAACUCUCUUCAGCCCCUAGUGCCGGCAGCCCCCUAGAGCCUGCUCUUUCACUGGAUAUCCGUGUCUGAGAAUUCUUUUCAUUCAUAGCUUGGCCAGAGUUGGCAGGACAGACUCGGCAGGUGGUGCUCCUGCAUGAGGAAUGCUGCAACGGAUUGCGAGGGAAUCCUCAAAAAUGAAGGUGAAGAAACUGCGCAGUCAGUAAGUCAUUGGUGCCCACUGUGGAUUUCCAAGUUCGAGGGGAUUGUUCAGGCUAGGGUUUCAUCAUGGGACAAUAGUUAUUAGCUCAAUGGCAACAGUAUAUAAAAAUAUCGAAACAGCUGCUUAAAGCUAGCGGAGCCUCGGUUUUGCAGGCUCAAUUAAGGGACCUAAUGCAAACUGUUGUGUUACAUAUGAGUUCUAAAUUUCUUUCCAAAGAAUAUGUCAGUAUGUUCAAUUCUUUGCCUUCUACUUUUAAACUUAAAUUCCUCGUAAAGCAACCUUUUUCCGAUUACCUACUCCACCCUAACUCAUUCCAAUGACCUGCUCCACCCUAACUCAUUCUGAUCACCUGGUCCACCCUAACUCAUUCCAAUUACCUGCUACCUGCUCUGCCCUGACUCCCGCCAAAGCACUCACCCCAUCAUUCUCUUUAAAUUAGCCAAUCAGAACUAGUUUAGCCUCUGCGUCUAACCCUGGCCAACAGGGGAACGACACAGCAGCAGGGGCCACGUGCGUCAGGGAUAAGAACCCCUUCCCCUCCCCUGUCCAAGUGUGUGCUCACCAUUGCUCCAUCUGUAAGGGCACACUCUUCUAUAGAAGUAACUUGCCUUGCUGAGAAUUAAAAAGAAAAUUUUAUAUUUGAGUGCUAUUCCUUUUGCGGCAUCGAAACUUUAUAUGUAACAAUUUGGGGGCCUUGCCCAUGAUGGCAUUCCCCUCCGGGACGGUCUCUGGUUCUCUCUUGUGAGGAGGCUUGCCCUGCCCCCUUGCGGCAGCCUCAGGGGUGAGAAAUCAAGACCCACCUAGUGCGAGGAAUAACCCGAGCUCUCAGCAACGCAGAAAAAAAUAAAAAAUAAAAAAACUGGCCAGCAACCUAGCUUAAAGUAUCUUCACAUACUGCAGCGACGACUCUGUGCACAGACCAAGGAAGGAGAAGCCAUGGGAGAUGGUAAAGUAUUUCCUUGGUGGUCAGGACCAAGAUAAGAAAGCCGCAAGGGGGGGGGGGGGGGGGCGGGGCGGGGCGGUGAAGUACUCCUUGGUCGGGGUGGCUUAGAGGUUAAAAAGAGGUGAGACAUCCCCAUUUCAGGGGAUUGAACCUCACAUACCUCCAGUAGUAGAAAAGGCAAUAAAUUUCCAGUGGGGAAACAGCCUCACCCCAAAAGGCAAGAAAUUUCCAGUGGGGAAAUUGAGCCUCACCCCAAAAGGUGAGAAAUUUCCAGUAAGGGAAACAACCUUGAACCUUACCCCAAAACCAUCAAGAUGGAAAAUACCCCAAGCAAGACAGGGAGCAAGGGAGAUAAAGAUGGUAACAAAGAUAUCCCCCUGGAUAGCCCCCUAGGUCUCAUGCUAAAAUACUGGAAGGAUAAUGAAAGGACUAAACUUAGGAAAAAGCAACAAAUGAUAACAAUAUUGCUGUUUUAUUUGGACUCAGGGACCCAUCUUCAAACCCUCAAUCUUCUGACCAAAGUUUGGGUCGAAUGAGGAUGUAACGUGUCAGCUUCUAAUCCAAUAUGUUAAUGAUAAAAGUCCAGUGUCUCAAGAAGAACUAGGCUAUGCCUGUUGUUGGAGGCAAAGACCUGCCCUCCCUUUUCCUUUAAAAACAAAUAGGGAAGAACCCAAUCUGGUACCUCAAAUCGAAAAGUCAGAGGAGCCAGCUCUCAUGCCUAAAAAUUCCAGCGCAUGGGAUCCCUUAGACUAUCUAACCCCAUUCGGUGUCCCCAAUCUUUCCGCUCAGACAGCCACUGCUGCCUCAGAUCCCGUUCCAAAUUCCCUCUCUACUCAACGUUAUCCUUCCUCCUUAUAACCCGGACUCUUAGGAAUUACCAUCCCAUCAGCCUGUUCCCUCCCAACCUAAAUACCCCUCUCUAAAAGGACUUCAGUGUGAGGCAGAACAAUGUAAAAAAGAUAUUCAGAAUUUCCCAUUUCCCUCCGUACCUAAGAGAUCAGCCCCGACCUUCUUUCCUUUGAAAGAGGUACCACAAGGAGGGGGGGCCAUUGGCUUUGUAAAUGCUCCCCUAACCAGUGCAGAAGUCCAGAAUUUUAAAAAGAGCUUAAACUGCUACUAGAUGACCCUUAAGAAUGGCAGACCAAAUUGACCAAUUCUUAGGACCUCAGUUGUACACUUGGGUCGAGUUAAUGUCCAUCUUGGGCAUCCUCUUUUCAGGGGAAGAAAGAGAAGCUCUACUCCUGCUAGUCCCUCCCCUAAAGGAAGGGGAAGGAGAGGGGAGAACAGCAGCAUAAGUGGCUGGCAGAGGCAGGGAAAGAACAGCAGAGAGGAGAGAGAGAGAAAAAAAAAAGAGAAAGAGAGGGGGGAGAGAGAGACAGAAAGGGAGGCAGAGAGAGUGAGGAAGAGACAGAGAGACAAAGAGGGAGUCAGAGAGAGAGAGAGAGAGACAGAAACUCAGAGAGAGACAUAGAAGUAGUAAAGAGAAAACAGUGUACCCUAUUCCUGUAAAAGCCAGGAUAAAUUAAAAACCUAUAAUUGAUAAUUGAAGGUCUUCUCCGUGAGUGACCCUGUAACACUCCAAUACUACCUUGUUGUCAGUGUAAACAAGGGCAUAGCCUGAAAGCACUGAAGCCACUUACAUCCCGUAGCUUUCCUAUCAAAAAUCCUUAACCCAGUAACCCACGGAUGGCCCAAAUGCAUUUAAUCUAGCGGCAACUGCUUUGCUAGAAGAAAGUAGAAAAAUAGCUUUUAGAGGAAAAAACCUCAUUGUGAACACACCUCACCAGUUCAGAAAUAUCCUAAGUCAAAAAAAAAAAAAAAAAAAAAAAAGCAAAAA